CUUCAAAGUUAUGUUUGUACGCAGUGUGUGUUUAAAUAAAGCUUCCGCUCUUUGAAUCCGUCGACUUCCGCGUUUGAUCGAGCAGUUUUCAGUCUGUUUACUGUCAUUAGUCUGGAUAAACUUCACUUUCCCGAUCUGAGCUGCGGUUUGCGGCUGAUUCCAGUAUCUUUUCUGAAGGUUUAAUUCCAGCUGUGUGUUUAGGGAAUAUGAGCUGAAAAUGCCGUCCGUGUCGAGCGGAGUGAAGGAUCUGUAUCUGUCCACAUCUCUGAGGGAUCUGAACAAGAAAGCAGAAGUCAAACCGGAGAGAACCAGCACCAGAAACUAUGUUCAGAGUGCCUGCAAGAUCUUCAAGGCGGCAGAGGAGUGUCGUCUGGACCGAGACGAGGAGAAAGCCUAUGUCUUGUACAUGAAGUAUCUGACUGUCUAUGACCUCAUCAAGAAGAGACCAGACUUCAAGCAGCAGCAGGAGUUCUUCCUGUCUAUGCUCGGACCAACCAGCUUUAAAAAGGCCAUUGAGGAGGCAGAGAAACUGUCAGAGAGUUUAAAGCUCCGGUAUGAGGAAAUGGAAGUGCGGAAACAGCUGGAAGAGAAAGAGAGAAAGGAGGAAAAGAGUCGACAAGAACGAACAGAAAAAGACGGACGCGCUUCACCCAGAGGAGCAUCAGAGAAGAAGGAGAAGAAGGUUAAAGGGGAACCUAAUAGCAGUAAGACUGGAAGUGAUAAAGGAAGCAUCAGCGCGGAGGGUUUGUUCCACCUGAUGAAGGACCCCAAUAUCAGCGUUCUGGUGAUGGACGCCCGGUGCAGGCAGGACUUCGAGGAGUCGCAGAUGUGCGUCCCGUCUCAGACGUGUAUCAGCGUACCUGAGGAGGCCGUCAGCCCGGGGGUGACGGUGAAUCAGAUCGAGCUGAAGCUUCCUGCCGCGUCUCUGGAUGACUGGAAGCGCCGAGGGUUCGUGGAUUACGUGGUUCUGUUGGACUGGUUCAGCUGCGUCUCUGAUCUCAAACUGGGCACCACUUUACAGAGUCUGAAGGAUGCUCUCUAUAAGUGGGACAGCAGUACGAUCCUGCGCAGUGAGCCGCUGGUGCUGGAGGGAGGAUAUGACAACUGGCUGCUCUUUUACCCAAUGUACACCAGCAACGCUAAAGUCAAGCCACCCAGACAGCAGGAGUCCAGCGCACUGCCACAGUUGAACUUCACGUACCCGUCGCUGGAGGAGCCCAAACCGGUGAUUGUGUGUGAAGAGCCUGCGGCUGCGCAGCUCAACGGCACAACUUCCAGCCAGGAAGCGCCUGUGGAACCGCCUGCGGAACCCCUCGCAAACACACACGCGCCACUCACACAACCCGCCAGUACUGACAUCGCCGUGCCGCCCGUCGCCUCGCCCAGACACACUCCACAGGUCGACCGCACAAAAAAACCAGCAGUGAAACCAGCCUCGAGCGUGAAGGUCAGCGACGAGCCUGCGGUAAACGACAGCCCCGUGGCGCUCAACGGCCUGGUGGUGCCCGACCGCUCGACCAAACCCCUCACGGACCCGUCCAGAGCUCUGAGCGAGGAGGAGCGGCGGGAGAUCCACGCCGAGACCGUCAGUCUGAUGGAGAAGGCUCGGAAAGAGCAGGAGCAACGCAAGCGAGCGCUGGAGGAGAAGAAAGAGAGGGAAGAGAGAGAGGCGGCAGAGAGACGUCAGCGAGAACAGAAGGAGAAGGAGGAGGAGGAGAAGCAGGAGAGAAAGAAGCUGGAGCGACAGAGGGCAGAAGAAGAGGAUCUGGGAGAAAAGGGCAGAGACGAGAAGGGCAGAAAAGCGCAGAAGGACGUCCCGCUGGACGCUGCCAUGAAGAGCAUGUCGCUGGACUCACCUGCACCGAUGAGUUCUAGGGACACACUGACGAGAGCACACAGUGAGGAGAUGGGCCGAACCGUACCUGGGCUGCCGGACGGCUGGAUGAAGUUUCUGGACACAGUGACGGGCACCUACAGAUAUUACCACUCGCCCACCAACCGCGUGCAUCUGUACCCUCCGGAGGUCAACACGCCUCAGAUCCAACCCAGCGCAGCCAAAGCCAAGCCGGCACAACCCGUGGAGACGGAGAGAGAGAAGGAGCACGAGCGGGAGAGAGAGAAGGAGCGGGAGCGAGAGCAGUCCAAACUGAAGCGCUCGUACUCGUCUCCAGACAUCAGCCAGGAGCUGAGCGCCGAGACCAGCCGAAAACCUGCAGCCAUCCCGACCGUGAACCGAGAAAACAAGCCUCUGACCGCCGCCUCAUAUAAGACGGUGGAGAUCGCGCGCCCGUCUGCAGCGAAAAUCCGGAACCUGAACCCGGUGUUUGGGGGUCUGGGGCCGUUACUAACGGGCCUCCGUAACCUCGGCAACACCUGCUACAUGAACUCCAUCCUCCAGUGCCUGUGUAACACGGUUGCCAUGGCAGACUAUUUCAACAGGAAUUACUAUCAGGACGACAUUAACCGGGCGAAUAUUCUGGGUCACAAGGGCGAGGUGGCCGAGGAGUUCAGCGUGAUCAUGAAGGCGCUGUGGUCGGGACAGUACAAGAUGAUCAGCCCUCAGGAUUUUAAAGGAACCAUCUGUAAAAUCAACAACCGCUUCUCCAGCUACGAGCAUCAAGAUUCACAGGAACUGCUGCUGUUCCUCAUGGACGGACUGCACGAGGAUCUGAAUAAGGCGGAUAAACGCAGGGGUUAUAAGGAAGAGGACAUCGAUCAUCUGGAUGACGUGAGCGCUGCAGAGCUGGCCUGGUCCAAACACAAGCUGCUGAACGAGUCCAUCAUCGUGGCUCUGUUUCAGGGCCAGUUUAAGUCCACGGUUCAGUGCAUGAGCUGCCAGCACAAGUCCCGCACCUUCGAGACCUUCAUGUACCUGACGCUGGAGAUGACGGCCAGCAGCAAGUGCUCUCUACAGGAUUGUCUGAAGCUGUUCUCUAAAGAGGAGCGUUUGACCGACAGUAACCGCUUCUACUGCCGCCACUGUAAGACGCACCGAGACGCCAUCAAGAAAAUGCAAAUCUGGAAAGUUCCACCGAUUUUACUUGUGCACUUGAAACGGUUCAAAUACGACGGCCGGUGGCGGGAGAAGCUGCAGACGUUGGUGGAUUUCCCGCUGGAUAAUCUGGACCUGUCGCAGUACGUCAUUGGACCCAAACCCAGCCUGAAGAAGUACAACCUGUACGCCGUGUCUAAUCAUUACGGCGGGAUGGACGGCGGACAUUAUACUGCCUACUGCAAGAAUCCGCUCAAGCAGCGCUGGUUCAAGUUCGACGAUCACGAGGUGUCUGAAAUCUCCGCCUCCUCCGUCCGCUCGGCCGCGGCCUACAUCUUCUUUUACUCCUCCCUAUGAGGGAAAGCGACAGCUCGUCACCAUGGUGAACGGGUGAUUGACACACGUUUGAAAUGCAACUGUGGGCGGAGCUGACUCUGAUUGACACUUCUGCUGAUGGAAUGCGUCUCUCUUUCUCUCUCUCUCUCUCUCUCUCAGUGGGCCGUACGGUAAUAAUCCUGUAGGACUGUAGCAGGAAUCCGAACGCAGACUCGCAUUCGGAGCGUCGGCCUCCAAACUCACGGCUGGACUUGAUGUCGUUUAGACGGACCUGUGUGAGAUUAGACGUCAGUAUACGCGCACUAUAAUCCAAGCCGCUCAUUAGACGUGCACCUGCCGCUUAGAGAGACGUGUUUAAUUUAUUUAUAUGGUGACCAAAUACUGCAGUCCAGGUGCUGCCAGAUCCGAAAGAAACUGAGAUUCUCGACGAGAAUAUUCCUGUUCCUAGUUAACAUUAAAUCACUCUCAAACACAUCUGGUCAUUGUCACGAUAUUCACACUAAACCACAAUGGAAAUCUUCCUACGCUUCGGCCCUGUUCUGUAGGCUAGUGUUCAGGGAUCCAGUGCAAUAACCCUCAUUCAUUAAACCCAAUCAGUGACACACUAAAGUCGGCAGCAUUAGACGGGGUUUGUGAUCAAAAACAUCAUCUCUGUACUAAUAUUGCUCUGGGUUGAGCUGCUCUAUAUGGAGUGUGUAAGGAUGCACACGUCACAUGGAAACGACACCUUCUCUCACUGUGGCAUGAGCUUCUGAUGGACUGAGUCAGUCUCUCACCUGGUUUCUUAUAAUAUUAAGCGCAUUCUUUAAAUCCAUGUAUUAGCUUAUAAACCUUAUACAUGCAUCAAUAAACAGACAUAAACACA